UGUAGCUGUCGUAAGCCCUCGCCAAACUUGUGGAAGGCUUUUUGUCUGCGUUCCCAAUAUUAUUACCUUAUUACGUAAAUAAAUGUUUCUGUAUGUUUCUGUUCGCCUGAUAUUUUCCUGGCAAGUCUAUGUGCAAAGAACCUUCUCUAAAAAAGAGGAGCGGGUUAGCGUGCUGUAGCCACGCUAUACAAAGUCGAAGAACAAUGGACGAUAACAGACAAGCGUAGACACUUAAAACAUGAUAUUUGGAACUGUCAGAUUGGGUUCCGAGUUGACAACCAAGUUUUAUUUUUUUUACGUUGUGUGCUAUGCAAGCUGGAAUAUAUAUAUGUGUAUAUAUAUAGAUGUUUCUCAGAAGGCACCGAUUUGAUAAGGGUAGAUUUUUAUUCCCGUGCCCCAACCUAAGUAACGCCUGAUAUUCGUUAAUGCUGAGCCAUCAGGAGACUCACUGAGCAGAUUGAUUUGGGCCAAUAUCAGAAGGCUUGUUUUGUGCGCGUAUGUGGCUGGCGGACACAGAGUCGGCAGCUAUCAUAUACUACUACAAGCAUGACCACAUUCAUUCAAACAAGCGUCAUCUUCCUUCUAAUUUGUGGCGAAUGGUGCAUUGUUCAAGGAUGCAAGCACGACGAGCACAAAGUCCCUUGCGAUCGUAAUGUGGGGGUCCCCGGAGACUUGUGUCCAGGAGUUAAGCGGUGGGAAUGCACCGGAUUAAGGAAAAGGUGCGCAUGUGUUAAAGGAACAUUCCAGAGGUGGGACGGCCACUGUGUGCCUUACAGAGACUGCGUCUUCAGGACCUUCUAUCCAGACAAAUUGCUUAGUGUGGCGGAAGACCUCAUCAUGGUCGGCUUGUCAACCUCAAUAUUUGACCAAAGGGAUUUCAAAUGCUUUAUAUCUCCCCGGGCUAAACCAGUUCAUUACAGCUACCACCGUCUGGUGAAGUACGAAAAGUUGGUAGCGUAUCAAUGGAAGAAAAUGGAGUUUGACCUAAGGAUGAUCUCGGAAUACGAUGGAGAAAGAGUCCUAGCUGAAGAAGCAUCGGACUUACUGCCGUAUGGAAUGGACGGUUUCCCUGUUUUGCACGCCAGCGACGACUGCAUCAUUCUGGCAAGGCUGCCUCCACUUGGAAAGUUAACGGAAUGCACCUACUGGGUCCGCAGAAGUGUUGUCGGAAAUCGCAAUUGGCGUUGUGACUUCAUAUUUGAUGCCUUUUGCAAGAGACCAGCGAUUGUAGUAAAUAAACACAACCUACACACUUGUAAUUAAACGCAUGAAAACUUUCAUAGAAGAAAAUUGUGCCUU